GGGGCGGGGAAGGGUGGUAAGAGCUCGCAGCACAGGCGAGCGCCCGUCGGGCUCGGGGGAGAGGGAGCAAUCCGGUUAAAAUCAGAAGCGGAGGGAGGUUUAACCACGGAUCGGUUCCGAUCGGAUUAUUCCUUAAAGGCGACGCGCCAUUGUCAAGAGAACGGAGCCUGGGGCCCGAGGGCGGGGACCAGCGGCGCUUGAGGAGGCAGCUGCACCUGGACUGGGGACGGCCUUUAUCAUUCCACAUUCUGCUUUGUACAUGGUGAAUCACUGCUGCUUUGCACUGGCGUGCCCAUUUGUGUGCCUACAAAAUACAAGAUUGAAAAAGCUUCUAGAUGGAUCCUUUCCAAAUUUGGUGUCUUUUCUACAAACUGUGUGCCUCAACAAUCCUUUCUAAGUGUUCUUUAAUGAAGAGCCUCUAGAGAGGCUAACCUUCCUGUAUCCUGUACCACCGCCAUCAUUCCCAUUCUCAUCUCCUUCUCCUCUGGCAAUGCAGAUUCUCUCUUUUCUGUAUUUCUUUCAAGGAACAGUUCAAGUCCUUUCCCCCGAAGCUUUUAAAAGAGCUGAAGCCAUUUAUUUGAAUCUUGGAUGAUUAACACCUAAAUGCUUAAUUCUCAAAACUGCUCAAGAGUCCCACAGUCAGGAUUAGAUGAUCGAAGUUACCACUAAGAAAUUACUGUCUUGAGUCCUACGCUUCAGCACCAGUCAGCAAAGUGAAUAAGUACUGUACUUCUUCCAACUUUCAUUCCACAUUGGGGAAAAAGAAUAUCAUCAUGUCAAACAUUACGAUUGACCCAGAUGUCAAGCCCGGUGAAUAUGUCAUCAAGAGCCUCUUUGCAGAAUUUGCUGUUCAAGCUGAAAAGAAAAUUGAAGUUGUAAUGGCUGAACCCUUGGAGAAGCCUUUGUCUAGAUCUCUCCAGAGGGGUGAAGAUCUUCAGUUUGACCAGUUGAUAAGCUCUAUGAGCUCCGUAGCAGAGCACUGUCUCCCUUCCUUACUUCGCACCUUGUUUGACUGGUACAGACGCCAGAAUGGAACUGAAGAUGAAUCUUACGAGUAUAGGCCUCGAUCUAGCACAAAAUCUAAGGGGGAUGACCAGCAACGUGAAAGAGAUUAUCUUCUUGAGAGGAGAGACUUAGCAGUAGAUUUCAUUUUUUGUUUAGUUUUAGUUGAAGUUCUAAAGCAGAUUCCUGUUCAUCCUGUGCCUGAUCCCUUAGUUCAUGAAGUUCUAAACUUGGCUUUCAAGCACUUUAAACAUAAGGAAGGGUAUUCGGGAACCAACACUGGGAAUGUGCAUAUUAUUGCAGAUUUAUAUGCAGAGGUGAUAGGGGUUCUUACCCAAUCAAAGUUUCAGGCUGUGAGGAAGAAGUUUAUGACGGAAUUAAAAGAACUGCGACUGAAGGAGCAAAGUCCACAUGUGGUACAGAGUGUCAUCAGCUUAAUAAUGGGAAUGAAAUUUUUCCGAGUGAAAAUGUAUCCUGUAGAAGAUUUUGAAGCAUCAUUUCAGUUUAUGCAGGAAUGUGCUCAGUAUUUCUUAGAAGUAAAAGAUAAAGAUAUAAAACAUGCACUUGCCGGUUUAUUUGUGGAGAUUCUUAUCCCUGUAGCUGCUGCUGUUAAAAAUGAAGUGAAUGUUCCCUGUUUGAAAAAUUUUGUGGAGAUGCUUUAUCAGACUACUUUUGAACUGAGCUCCAGAAAGAAGCAUUCAUUGGCUCUAUAUCCACUAAUUACCUGCCUUUUAUGUGUCAGUCAGAAACAGUUUUUUUUAAGUAACUGGCAUAUUUUCCUACAAAACUGUUUGUCGCACUUAAAGAUGCCAUCUAACAACAGUAUCAGAAAGCAAAUAGAAACACUCCAGAAUAAAGAUCCUAAAAUGUCUCGAGUUGCACUGGAAUCUUUGUACAGAUUGUUGUGGGUUUAUGUCAUUAGAAUAAAAUGUGAAAGCAACACUGUAACUCAAAGUCGUCUUAUGAGCAUAGUGUCAGCACUUUUCCCAAAAGGCUCACGUAGUGUGGUUCCUCGUGACACGCCUCUCAAUAUAUUUGUGAAGAUUAUUCAGUUCAUUGCUCAGGAACGUUUGGAUUUUGCAAUGAAAGAAAUAAUAUUUGAUCUUCUCAGUGUUGGAAAGUCUACUAAAACUUUCACCAUUAAUCCAGAGAGAAUGAACAUAGGCCUCCGAGUCUUCCUGGUGAUAGCGGACAGCUUGCAGCAGAAAGAUGGAGAGCCACCAAUGCCAACAACAGGAAUUAUUCUUCCUUCAGGAAACACUCUUCGUGUGAAGAAAAUUUUUCUCAAUAAAACCUUGACCGAUGAAGAAGCAAAAGUCAUAGGAAUGUCAAUUUACUAUCCUCAAGUGAGAAAAGCAUUAGAUAGCAUUCUCAGACAUUUGGACAAAGAAGUUGGGAGGCCAAUGUGUAUGACUAGUGUGCAGAUGUCUAAUAAGGAGCCUGAAGAUAUGAUUACGGGGGAAAGAAAACCCAAAAUUGAUUUGUUUAGAACUUGUAUUGCUGCUAUUCCAAGAUUGAUUCCUGACGGUAUGAGCAGAACUGACCUCAUCGAACUGUUAGCAAGGCUCACGGUUCACAUGGAUGAAGAGCUGCGUGCUCUCGCGUUCAAUACCCUGCAGGCUCUCGUGCUCGAUUUUCCAGAUUGGCGGGAGGACGUGCUUUCGGGAUUUGUCUAUUUCGUUGUCCGUGAAGUGACUGACGUCCAUCCCACACUUCUUGAUAAUGCUGUAAAGAUGUUGGUACAAUUAAUAAACCAGUGGAAACAGGCAACUCAAAUGCAUAACAAAAACCAGGACUCACAGCAUGGUCUAGCUAAUGGCGCUUCCCACCCCCCUCCUCUGGAAAGGAGCCCGUAUCCCAGUGUAUUCCAUGUGGUCGAAGGGUUUGCUCUCGUCAUUCUCUGUAGCAGCCGGCCUGCCACGAGGAGAUUGGCCGUCAGUGUCCUUAGAGAAAUACGGGCUUUAUUUGCACUUUUGGAAAUACCCAAGGGCGAUGAUGAAUUAGCCAUAGAUGUGAUGGACAGGCUGAGCCCAUCCAUUCUUGAGAGCUUCAUACAUCUCACGGGGGCCGAUCAGACUACUUUGCUGUAUUGCCCUAGCUCGAUAGAUUUACAAACAUUAGCAGAAUGGAAUUCUUCUCCUAUCAGCCACCAGUUUGAUGUGAUUAGUCCAUCACACAUAUGGAUAUUUGCACACGUGACCCAAGGCCAAGACCCAUGGAUUAUAAGUCUCUCCAGUUUUUUAAAGCAAGAAAACCUUCCCAAACACUGCUCUACAGCUGUGAGCUAUGCUUGGAUGUUUGCAUACACAAGACUUCAGUUGUUGUCCCCGCAGGUUGAUAUAAAUAGCCCCAUCAAUGCUAAGAAAGUGAAUAUGACCACAAGCAGUGACUCGUACGUCGGCCUGUGGAGAAAUUACCUGCUCCUGUGCUGCAGCGCAGCCACGUCCACGUCAGCGUCUCCGUCUGCAGGGUCCGUGAGGUGCUCUCCUCCCGAGACGCUGGCGUCCACCCCCGACAGCGGCUAUAGCAUCGACUCCAAAAUUAUUGGAAUCCCAUCCCCUUCAUCCUUGUUUAAGCACAUAGUUCCAAUGAUGCGCUCUGAGAGCAUGGAAAUCACAGAGUCCCUUGUUCUAGGCCUUGGCAGGACCAACCCAGGAGCUUUUAGGGAACUGAUAGAGGAAUUGCAUCCCAUAAUUAAAGAAGCACUCGAAAGAAGGCCAGAGAAUAUGAAACGGCGCAGGCGUCGAGACAUUCUACGAGUACAGCUGGUACGAAUAUUCGAACUGCUGGCAGAUGCUGGUGUCAUUAGUCACAGUGCAAGCGGUGGCCUUGAUAAUGAAACACAUUUCCUCAACAACACGUUAUUGGAGUAUGUAGAUUUAACUAGACAACUCCUGGAAGCGGAAAAUGAAAAGGACUCUGACACACUGAAGGACAUACGAUGCCAUUUUAGUGCCUUAGUGGCGAAUAUCAUUCAGAAUGUUCCAGUGCACCAGAGAAGAAGUAUUUUCCCUCAGCAGAGCCUUCGUCAUAGUCUGUUCAUGCUGUUCAGUCACUGGGCAGGCCCUUUUAGCAUCAUGUUUACUCCCCUGGACAGAUACAGUGAUCGAAAUAUGCAAAUUAACAGACAUCAAUACUGUGCACUAAAGGCUAUGUCUGCUGUGCUAUGUUGUGGCCCUGUUGCAGAUAAUGUAGGACUCUCAUCAGAUGGCUAUUUGUACAAAUGGUUGGAUAACAUUUUGGACUCUCUGGACAAAAAGGUUCACCAGUUGGGCUGUGAAGCAGUGACAUUACUGCUGGAGCUGAACCCGGACCAGAGCAACCUGAUGUACUGGGCAGUGGAUCGGUGUUACACGGGCUCCAGGAGGGUGGCUGCCGGCUGCUUUAAGGCCAUCGCUAACGUUUUCCAGAACAGGGAUUAUCAGUGUGACACAGUGAUGCUCCUAAAUCUGAUACUGUUUAAAGCAGCUGAUUCUUCUCGGAGUAUCUAUGAAGUUGCUAUGCAACUCUUACAGAUCCUGGAACCGAAGAUGUUUCGCUAUGCUCACAAAUUGGAGGUUCAGAGAACAGAUGGAGUGCUCAGCCAGCUGUCUCCUCUGCCACAUCUGUAUUCUGUCUCAUAUUAUCAGCUGUCUGAGGAACUAGCAAGGGCAUAUCCUGAGCUGACUCUCGCCAUAUUCUCAGAGAUAAGCCAGAGAAUUCAGACAGCUCACCCUGCUGGGAGGCAAGUCAUGCUGCACUACCUGCUGCCGUGGAUGAACAACAUCGAGUUGGUAGAUUUAAAACCUUUGCCCACAGCAAGGCGACAUGAUGAUGAUGAAGAUGACUCCUUAAAAGACCGAGAAGUCAUGGUGACUAGCAGGCGCUGGUUACGAGGAGAAGGCUGGGGGUCCCCACAAGCCACUGCCAUGGUUUUGAACAACCUGAUGUACAUGACAGCAAAGUAUGGCGACGAGCUGGCCUGGUCGGAGAUGGAGAACGUGUGGACCACACUUGCAGAUGGCUGGCCGAAAAACCUGAAAAUAAUUUUGCACUUUUUGAUCAGCAUUUGUGGAGUGAAUAGUGAACCAAGCCUCUUGCCUUACGUGAAGAAAGUUGUUGUGUAUUUAGGUAGAGACAAGACAAUGCAGUUGCUGGAAGAGCUGGUGAGUGAGCUGCAGCUGACCGACCCUGUCAGUGCAGGAGUCACGCACAUGGAUAACCCCCCGUAUUACCGCAUCACGUCCAGCUACAAAGUCCCUUCUGUCACCUCAGGAACUACUUCCAGUAGCAAUACCAUGGUAGCUCCCUCAGAAGGCAAUCUUGAUAACAAGCCCAUGAAAGAGAACGCUGAAGAGAGCUAUGUGCACCUAGACAUCUACAGCGGACUAAACAGUCACUUAAACCGUCAACAUCACAGACUAGAAUCUCGAUACAGUAGCAGCUCUGGAGGAUCUUAUGAAGAAGAAAAAAGUGACUCAAUGCCACUUUAUUCUAAUUGGCGACUGAAAGUGAUGGAGCAUAAUCAAGGAGAGCCACUGCCCUUCCCACCAGCUGGAGGCUGCUGGUCACCACUGGUGGAUUACUUGCCUGAAACGUCAUCACCUGGAUUACCUCUUCACAGGUGUAACAUAGCAGUGAUCCUUUUGACUGAUCUGAUCAUUGAUCAUAGUGUGAAGGUUGAAUGGGGAAGCUACCUCCAUCUUCUUCUUCAUGCAAUUUUUAUAGGGUUUGACCACUGCCACCCUGAGGUGUAUGAACAUUGUAAACGUCUGCUUCUGCACUUGUUAAUAGUGAUGGGACCCAACAGUAACAUCCGGACUGUUGCUUCUGUCCUCCUCAGGAACAAGGAGUUUAAUGAACCCAGGGUGCUCACAGUCAAACAGAUUGCACACUUAGAUUACACUUUCACAGCAGGUGUUAGUGAUUUUAUACCUGAUUACCAGCCCUCCCCUAUGACUGACUCAGGGCUUAGCUCAAGUUCUACCUCUUCUAGUAUCAGCUUAGGAAACAACAGCUCAGCCAUUUCCCAUCUGCACACCACUGUCCUCAGCGAGGUUGACAUCUCUGUGGAGCAGGACGGAAAAGUCAAGACCCUCAUGGAAUUCAUUACCUCAAGAAAAAGAGGGCCCCUUUGGAACCAUGAGGACGUUUCCGCCAAGAACCCCAGCAUAAAGAGUGCUGAGCAGCUGGCCGCGUUCCUGAAACACGUGGUUUCUGUUUUCAAGCAGUCCAGCGCAGAAGCAGUUCAUUUGGAGCAUCAUCUUAGUGAAGUCGCUCUGCAGACAGCACUGUCCUGUUCUUCCCGACACUACGCUGGGAGAUCCUUUCAGAUUUUCAGGGCCCUAAAGCAGCCUCUUUCUGCAGCUACGCUUUCUGACGUUCUCUCCAGACUCGUAGAAACGGUGGGGGAUCCAGGAGAAGAGGCACAGGGAUUUGUGAUUGAGCUUCUUCUCACGUUGGAAUCUGCGAUUGAUACUUUGGCUGAAACCAUGAAGCAUUAUGAUCUUCUUUCUGCCCUUUCUCAAACCUCAUAUCAUGAUCCUAUCAUGGGAAACAAGUAUGCAGCUAACAGGAAAAGCACUGGACAACUAAAUCUAAGCACAAGUCCCGUUAAUAGUGGCAGUUACUUGGGAUGUAACAGUAGUGCAAGGAGUAACUCUUUGAGAUUAAGUUUAAUUGGUGACCGGAGAGGUGACCGGCGGCGCAGCAACACACUGGAUAUAAUGGAUGGACGGAUAAACCAUGGCAAUAGUCUAGCCAGGACUAGAAGCCUGUCGUCUCUGCGGGAGAGGGGCCUGUAUGACGUGCAGUCCACUACUGAGCCUGCCAACUUGAUGGCCACCAUUUUUUGGAUCGGAGCUUCCUUGUUAGAAUCCGACUAUGAAUAUGAAUACCUCCUGGCUCUCCGGCUCCUCAACAAACUGCUUAUCCAUUUGCCUCUGGAUAAAUCAGAGAGUCGAGAGAAGAUCGAAAGCAUGCAAAGCAAAUUGAAAUGGAAUAAUUUUCCAGGCCUUCAGCAGCUCUUCCUUAAAGGUUUUACCUCAGUGUCCACACAAGAAAUGACCGUGCACCUCCUCAGUAAGCUCAUUGCUGUCUCCAAACACUCGCUGGUGGACCCUUCCCAGUUGUCAGGCUUUCCUCUUAACAUCCUUUGCUUAUUGCCUCACUUAAUCCAGCAUUUUGACAGCCCAACUCAGUUUUGCAAAGAAACAGCCAGCCGGAUAGCAAAGGUUUGUGCAGAAGAAAAAUGCCCAACCCUUGUCAAUCUGGCGCACAUGAUGAGUUUGUACAGCACACACACGUACUCCAGGGACUGCGCCAACUGGAUCAACGUGGUGUGUCGGUACCUGCACGACUCCUUCUCGGAGACCACGUUCAACCUGGUGACUUACCUGGCGGAGCUGCUGGAGAAAGGACUGUCCAGUAUGCAGCAGUCACUGCUGCAGAUCAUCUACAGUCUUUUGAGUCACAUUGACCUCUCUGCCGCCCCAGUCAAGCAGUUUAACCUGGAGAUCAUAAAGAUUAUUGGCAAAUAUGUACAGAGUCCUUAUUGGAAGGAAGCCCUUAACAUAUUAAAGCUGGUGGUGUCUCGCUCUGCAAGUCUCGUUGUGCCCAAUGAUAGCCCCAAGACCUAUGGUGGUGACGUGGGUUCGCCUGAAAUAUCCUUCACUAAGAUUUUUAAUAAUGUCUCCAAGGAGCUGCCUGGGAAGACCUUAGAUUUUCAUUUUGAUAUAUCCGAGACACCAAUUAUUGGAAACAAAUAUGGUGAUCAACAUACCACAGCUGGAAGAAAUGGGAAGCCCAAAGUUAUUGCUGUUACUAGAAGUACUUCUUCUACUUCCUCUGGUUCUAAUUCUAAUGCCUUGGUCCCCGUUAGCUGGAAAAGGCCACAGCUAUCACAGCGAAGAACAAGAGAAAAGCUAAUGAAUGUGCUUGCUCUCUGUGGCCCAGAGUCUGGCCUCCCGAAGAAUCCCUCAGGGGGUCAGGUGGUAUUUUCUUCUAACGAAGAUUUGGAAGUCGGUGACCAACAGACUAGUCUAAUUUCUGCAACAGAAGACGUAAUUCAAGAGGAAGAAGUACCUGUGGAAGAUAAUACCAGUGAACAACAGUUUGGAGUUUUUAAGGAUUUUGACUUUUUGGAUGUUGAAUUGGAAGAUGCAGAGGGGGAGAGUAUGGACAAUUUCAACUGGGGAGUCCGCCGGCGCUCGCUGGACAGCAUUGACAAAGGGGACACACCGUCCCUCCAGGAGUACAAGUGCUCCAGCAGCACCCCCAGCCUGAACCUGACCAACCAGGAGGACACGGACGAGUCCUCGGAGGAGGAGGCGGCCCUCACAGCAAGCCAGAUCCUCUCGCGCACGCAGAUGUUAAACAGUGAUUCUGCUGCCGAUGAAACCACACCAGACCAUCCUGAGUUGCUCCAGUCUCAAGACUCCACGGGCAGCAUCUCCGCAGAAGAAGUGCUUCAAAUCAGAGAUGAGACCCCCAGUUUGGAGCCCUCUCUAGACAAUGCUAACAGCCAGCUGCCUGAGGAUACAAGUUCAGUAUUAAAGGAGGAACAGGUUAUUACAGCCUUUGGAGAUGCGGGGGCAUAUGUAAUUCAAGAACAGCAGGAUUCUCUCGUGUGUCAAGGAAUUCUUGAUUUAGAGGAAACUGACAUGCCAGAACCUCUGGCCCCUGAGAGCUACCAAGAGUCCAUCUGUGAGGACGAUGUCACCUUAGCUCUGAAAGAACUAGAUGAAAGAUGUGAGGAGGAAGAAGCGGAUUUUUCUGGACUGUCUAGUCAAGAUGAGGAAGAGGAAGAUGGUUUUCCAGAAGUGCAGGCGUCGCCUCUGCCGUCGCCAUUCCUGUCUGCCAUAAUCGCCGCCUUCCAGCCGGUGGCCUGCGAGGACGAAGAGGAAGCCUGGCGCUGCCACGUCAACCAGAUGCUGUCUGACUCGGAUGGGUCCUGCGCCGUGUUUACUUUCCAUGUGUUCUCCAGGCUGUUUCAGACAAUUCAAAGGAAGUUUGGAGACAUAACGAACGAGGCAGUCAGCUUUCUUGGUGAGAGUCUGCAGCGUAUUGGCACCAAAUUUAAAAGUUCGUUGGAAGUGAUGAUGAUGUGUUCGGAAUGCCCAACAGUCUUUGUGGAUGCGGAAACACUGGUGUCGUGUGAUUUGCUAGAAACACUCAAGUUCAGUGUCUUGGAGUUGCAAGAACACCUGGAUACGUACAAUGCCAAGAGAGAAGCAGCUGAGCAGUGGUUAGACAAUUGCAAGAGGACAUUUGGCGCCAAAGAAGACAUUUAUAGGAUCAACACAGAUGCACAAGAGCUGGAGCUCUGCCGGAGAUUAUACAAACUGCAUUUUCAAUUACUGCUUCUGUUCCAAGCCUACUGUAAACUUAUCAGCCAAGUAAACGCAAUAAAAAAUGAAGCAGAGGUCAUCAACAUGUCCGAGGAACUGGCCCAGCUGGAAAGUAUCCUCAGAGAAGCAGAGUCCGCUUCUGAAAGUGAAGAAACCGACAUUUCCAAAGCUGCACAAACUACUAUAGAAACUGCCAUUCACUCUUUAAUUGAAACUUUGAAAAAUAAGGAAUUUAUAUCAGCUGUAGCACAAGUCAAAGCUUUCAGAUCGCUCUGGCCCAAUGACAUCUUCGGCGGCUGUGAAGAGGACCCUGUGCAGACGCUGUUACACAUUUAUUUCCAUCACCAGACGCUGGGCCAGACGGGAAGCUUUGCAGUUAUAGGCUCUGACCUGGACAUGUCAGAAGCCAACUACAAACUGAUGGAACUCAAUCUAGAAAUAAGAGAGUCUCUACGCAUGGUGCAAUCAUACCAGCUACUAGCACAGGCCAAACCAAUUGGAAAUUUGGUGAGCACUGGAUUCUGAGAAACUCCCUGGAUUUAGGAAAGAAACUAAACUGAAGAUUAUUAAGAAUAUUAACAAGCACCUUUUAGGAACCCUUGUAAUUCACUGAUAACUUUUUCUGGCAGCAUCCACAACCACAGUGUAACUAAUGUCAAAAUCAAAGAUCUGAAGAAGAGAAAAAAAAAAACUAAUUGUUUAACAGCUGCCAAUACCUCCCACGAGAACUACAAAGAAGGGAUUUUUAAAUUACUUAACCUAUGUGGACAGAAAAGGGCUAAAAGUGAUGCAUACAAGUACGUACAUUGCUUUCUGGAGAAACAGAUUGUAAGAACGUUUGCAAUAAUGGCCUCUCAUACGGAGACCAUUGGAAAGCAGGUGAAAUGAGGCUGGUUCGUUUUAGCUGAAGGCCUGCAACACUGCUUGGAUUCGUAGCAGUCACGAGCAUAACCUACAGUUGAUGCUUCAUUAUCUACAUGAAGAACAUCCAGUCGGAUAGAUAUACACAGAAACUUAUUUGCAAAAACCAUUGACUUUUCAAUGUGUGGGAUCAGGGUGUGGGUGUUUUGUUUUUUAGUCUGUAUAAGGAACUGUGCGCGUGUGAGCUGGGGUGUGUGAAUACGUGAUAGUCCUAUUUUCAAGGUAUGGGUGUUUGGUGACAACAUCUCAGCAUGCCUGAAAGAGCACUGCAAGAUUAUUUUUGAAGAAAUUUUAUUUUAUUAGAUCUAACUCUUCAUAGUGUGUAAAUGUUAGAACAUUUUAAUAAUAUUUUAAAACUGGGCUCUCCCAGGAUUUCAAAAAGAAAUAAUAUAUCUGUUAACGUUAUUGGAAUGCUGCUCAGUUCUCUGAUCAGUGCUUAUGUUAUGAUUGUUGAUAACUAACCAAAGUAGAUGCCUGCAGAGACUUUAAAAUGUAAAAUAAAGAUGUAUGCUGCCCGUCAGCUAUUCUCAUUAGAAAAGUUAACUUAUUUUACUCCAUAAUUAUAGAAACUGUAUAGAUUAAAACCAGUAUUUUUCUUGUACAUUUGUGCAAUGCACUGUUAUACAAGAAUAGGUGUACAAAGCUAAAGAAAAAAAAUUGUGGUCAUUGAUGAUAGACUACAUGACUUGCGGGCUCUGAAGUCUGCAGAAUUCAAGAAGAGAGGUGCAAAUGCAUUUUUAUAUGUUUAUUCGGGACUCAAAUGUUUCACCCUACAGGAACCUGGGGUUAUGGGGGGAAAUGAGAGGAAGCCUGAAGACCGACUACCAAAACAUGCAAUAUACUUAGCCACUGUCUAAGCCUGUAGCAUAACAUGAACUGGAUUCUCUGUCCUUUUUUAAAUAGCAUUUUGUAAAAGAAAUGAAUGUAGUCCCACAAUUCCUCUGGUUUGAAAGGAACACCCUUGUAUUUUUUAUAUGCAUCUCUUAUCCACUGUGACUUUUCUUUUAAAACUGGGCUCUGGGGUUCCAGAGUUUAGAAUGUAGGAAUGAACUGCUUAGCUUUGCCUUUUCUUGGGGGUGUGGACACUGCCAGAAAUGUAAUUAUGCUCAAGUGCAUUAAUUGAAGGCACGGUGCACCCUGUUGGACUGCUGACUCUAGUUAUGUUACCUGUAAAAUUCCCUAACUGGUCACGGCACAUCCAUAAUCACUGUAUUUUUUGACCCUGAUAAAACCAAUUAUUUUGAUGGUGUCCUGGUACUGUAAAUGGUGUCCUUUAAAUUAUUUAGUAACAUUUGGGUGUGGGGCAGGGAAGAGAGGGCUGGUGUCCAGAGAGACACCACAUUUUACAUCCUAUCUUACCAUCCCCUAUUUUUCCUCACCUUCCUUCUAUCCUUUUUGUUAAAAUAAAAAGCAUUGUAGUUG